AUGUCCCAAGGGGCUAACUUAGAGAAAUAUAGGGAUUAUAAAAAUUAUAAAUACUAUGAAGUGACUGGAUGCCAAGACAGCUUGGAAGGCUUAAAAGCUCUUUUGCUGAAGAAAGAUUCUUCGUUAGUCCAUUCAGGAUCUCUGAAUACGUCUCAAAUAGUUUUGUCUCCCCGCUUGGUUCCAGUGCUGAAUUCCUUCGCACAGAAGGAACGUUUGAAGGCAAAGGUUUUAUACGAUGAUGUUUCAGAAAUUAUUAACUUGGAAAAAGGCAGCGCACGACGUAGAUUAGACAAAUUCUCUUGGGAUGCAUAUUAUGACGUAAAAGAGAUUCAUAACUUCAUUCUUAACACGAGCAAACUGCACCCUGAGAGUACAGAGCUGAUUGUAGGCGGAAAGAGUUAUGAAGGGAGAAAAAUAUUGGGACUUCGCAUCAACACACCUUAUGAGAAAGGGCAGAGGGAGACCGGAAAACCGGUUUUCUUUAUAGAGUCAGGAAUACACGCCCGCGAAUGGAUAGCACCGGCCACGACAACAUACUUCAUCAAUCAACUGCUAACAAGCGGGGACCCGGAUAUAGUUGGACUUCGGGACCGGUUCGACUGGCGGAUAUUCCCGACGGUUAAUCCGGACGGAUACCACUACAGUUACAACAUCGACAGAUAUUGGAGGAAAACUCGGUCACGCUCAUCGAAUGGAUGUCGAGGCGCCGACCCCAAUAGGAAUUGGGACUAUAAUUGGGGACAACACUCCGCAUCAGACCGACCAUGCGACUACCAACUGUACGCCGGUUCGCGCCCUUUCUCAGAAGUCGAAACGAGAACGCUAUCAAAUUACAUUUCGAAGAUAGACAACUUGCUGUUCUAUGUGGCUUUCCAUUCGUAUGCUUCGCUGCUGCUGCUUCCGUAUUCAGAUUCCACAGACCAUGUCGACAAUUAUGACGAUUUGGUCCAAAUUGGCAAAAGGUCAAUUGAAUACGGAAGCCGUGUAAAUAAUAUAACAUAUGACGGUCCAGGGACGGCUGCUGAAACGUUAUACAAAGCAUCUGGUGGCAGUAUGGACUGGGUUCGCUACGCCAUGAACACUCGCCUGGUCUACACAUAUGAACUCAGAGGUUCAUCCUUCCACUGGCCUCCCGAGAGAAUAGCAGAGCAGGGAGAUGAAGUCACUCAAAUGAUGUUGGGUCUCGCUGAUGGUGCUAAGGAAUUGGGAUAUCUUUGA